AUGGAACCAAUGCAUUUUGUUCUUAACUGUACUCAUUUUUCAAAUCUACCUGAUGAUCAUGCAAAAGUGGGUGUCACAAGUCUUCGAGACGUCGUACUUAUAGUUGAGCCAUCUAUUGUCAUCCGAGGUGGUACUGCCGCCCUCGUAUGCUCGAGGGACAUGCAGGGAGUCCAACUGUACUCUGUCAAAUGGUAUCGUGGGAACCACGAGUUCUACAGAUAUACUCCCAACGAGGUGCCAGACACAAGAGUGUUUGGAUUGCCAGGGAUCAUCGUUGACAUGAACAGAUCAAACGGCACUCAGGUUCUACUAAGAAAAUUGGACCUCGGCUUAGCAGGAAAUUUUACCUGCGAAGUUACAGCGGAGUCGCCGUCUUUUGCCACGCAAGUCGCCACUAAGUUUAUCGAUGUCAUUGCUUUGCCGCCAAGUGGUCCUGUAUUAAAAGCAGACAAAGACCGUUACCAACCUGGGGAGGUACUCCAAGCAAACUGUACUUCAUCACCAGCUAAACCUGCUGCAAAUCUCACCAUAUUCAUUAAUGAAGAAGCUCUGCGUUCAUCAGAAAUGAGUCUUCAUCCUACUGAUAAUGGCCUUUACUGGACAAAUGUAAAGGCUGACAUCAAGGUGACACAAGAUUUGUUUAUCGGCGGACGUCUAAGAGUCGCCUGUCUCGCUAGCGUCUAUGAAGUGUAUAGAAGCUCAGCUAAUCUUGACUUCUUCACGCCGGAGACUGAUCCAAGACCAGAGAGAAUUACCCACAAUGACGCAUGUUCAGCGAAGUGCUUCCGAAGUUGGCUUGUCGUGCUGUUUAUAUUUCUUCUCCCAAUGGUCAUGGGUCAAGAUUUCGAUGCACCCGAACACGAAUAUGAAGACUACGAUGAAAUUUACACAAAACAUCCAUUUGAAUCUCUGGUUGGGGGUUGA